AUGAAACGGAGUACAAGCCCGAUCCGGGAUGGCCCAUUUCUUCAUGUUCAUCCACCAUCAACCAAGAAAUUCUGCGAUGCCUCUGAGGAGCUCAUGCAAACCGCUUUAUCUGACGAGAAAUUACACCGUGAUUUCCAUGGACAUUCACUCUCAAAGUUUGACGAGGAAGAUGAUUCGGGAAUUAAAUCAGGUGAUGAAUAAAGUCAGAUUAAUAGGCCUACGCAUAAUUGAUUGCUGAGAGGCCCAUUUCCCCAAAGAGUAAUCAAAUUAUAACCGCCAUAAAAAAUGUAGCACUUGUUGAUGUCAAGCAUUAGUUUAAAUAUGCCUGCACCAAAGUAUACUUUUUUUUUUAUUGUUUGUUGGGUAGGCUAGAAGAAAAUAAUAUAUUCCAAAUCGCAUGUUUUCUCCCUCUCUCUUACCAUAUGUAGCCUAAACAUUCCUAUCAAUCUGACCAAAAAUAACCUUUUGCAUUUUUGUCAUAGCAGACGCUCUUAGCCAGAGCGACUUAGACAGUAGUGAGUGCAUACAUUUUUCUUACCAUGUACCAUUUUUCUUACCAUGUACCGGUCCCACAACCCUGGUGUUGCAGGCACUAUGCUCUACAAACUGAGCCACAUGGGACCCAUUUUUCUCUGUUCUGUUCAUUUUUAUGAGUCUUGGAAAUCCUGUCUAGGGAAUACUUAUUUCUAAUCGUAUGGUUCAUUUAGCCACCUACCUUGUCAUGGCCCUGCACUACUGAAAUAUAUUUGACUGUUUUCUCCCCCACAACCCUCUCAGAGGCAGAGGACACUAAUGAAACCCUGUCUUCUGAGGAGGACCAGGACUUUGUGGAGUAUUCCAAAGAUUUGGCUUUCAAACAGACUACCCCGAGGAAAAGCAUUACUCAGAUCAUUAAGGACAAGAAGAAACAGACUCAGAUGACCCUUCAAUGGUAGUGUUCCAAAGUCACAACCUUUUAGAACUCUGUAAUAUGUAUUGUGUUGUAAUACACUUGUAUAACAAAAAUCCUUCUUACAAAUGUGAAUGUUUAUUUUCUUGUUGAUGAUUGAUUAUACAUUUUGAUUUGUGUGACUGCUUGUUCCCUAGGCUGGAGGAAAACUAUAUUGUUUGUGAAGGGGUUUGUCUGCCACGUUGCAUCCUGUACGCUCACUACCUAGACUUCUGUAGGAAGGAAAAACUGGAUCCAGCCUGUGCUGCUACAUUUGGCAAGGUGAGAUGAGUCUUGAGGAUGUGGUGGAGUUUGUGCUGGAUGUUAUAGAUAAAUACAACAUAUGGUGGUGGAAAAUGUUAAUGAUGUUUUUUUUGUAUUGUUUUCUGUGCACAUUAGACAAUUCGGCAGAAAUUUCCACUUCUAACAACAAGAAGACUUGGGACCCGAGGUCAUUCAAAGUAAGAUAUAUUUGCUUUUCAAACAUAAUUGUUGUUGUAGUGAUAUGAUAUGUCUCAAUAUAACAUGUUUGAUGUUGUUGAUAUUCGACAGAUAUCAUUAUUACGGCAUUGGCAUCAAAGAGAGCAGUGCCUAUUAUCACUCGGUGUACUCAGGAAAAGGCUUGACGAGGUAAGUUCAUAUACAGGUUUUGCUCUGGAGCAUUGUCGUAAUACACAUCAAUCUGUAAUGUUUGUUAUAGAAAGUGAUCAGCCAGGUCCUAGGCUACUUACUCAACUAUAUAAUUGUAAUUGCUAUGACAUUAUGGAAUUGAAUCUCAAUCUGAUUUAUUAUUUGAUUAUAGAUUUUCAGGGAGCAAACUCAAGAAUGAGGUAAGAUUGUUAUGAAUGAACAGUCUCUAGCAUAUACAUACAGUGCCUUGCAAAAGUAUUCAUCCCCUUGGCGUUUUUCUUAUUUUGUUGCAUUACAACCUGUAAUUUAAAUGGAUUUUUAUUUGGAUUUAAUGUAAUGGACAUACACAAAAUAGUCCAAAUUGAUGAAGUGAAAUGAAAAAAAUAACCCCCUUUCUAUGAAGCCCCUAAAUAAGAUCUGGUGCAACCAAUUACCUUCAGAAGUCACAUAAUUAGUUAAAUAAAGUCCACCUGUGUGCAAUCUAAGUGUCACAUGAUCUGUCACAUGAUCUCAGUAUAUAUACACCUGUUCUGAAAGGCCCCAGAGUCUGCAACACCGCUAAGCAAGGGGCACCACCAAGCAAGAGGCACCAUGAAGACCAAGGAGUUCUCCAAACAGGUCAGGGACAAAGUUGUGGAGAAGUACAGAUCAGGGUUGGGUUAUAAAAAAAUAUCAAAAACGUUCAACAUCCCACGGAGCACCAUUAAAUCCAUUAUUAAAAAAUGGAAAGAAUAUGGCACCACAACAAACCUGCCAAGAGAGUGCCGCCCACCAAAACUCACGGACCGGGCAAAGAGGGCAUUAAUCAGAGAGGUAACAAAGAAACCAAAGAUAACCCUGAAGGAGCUGCAAAGCUCCACAGCGGAGAUUGGAGUAUCUGUCAAUAGGACGACUUUAAGCCGUACACUCCACAGAACUGGGCUUUACGGAAAAGUGGCCAGAAAAAAAGCCAUUACUUAAAGAAAAAAAUAAGCAAACGCGUUUGGUGUUCGCCAAAAGGCAUGUGGGAGACUCCCCAAACAUAUGUAAGAAGGUACUCCGGUCAGAUGAGACUAAAAUUUAGCUUUUUGGACAUCAAGGAAAACGCUAUGUCUGGCGCAAACCCAACACCUCUCAUCACCCCGAGAACACCAUCUGACUUAAAAAUGACUUAAAUCUGACACCAUAUGACUUAAAAAUUGCUGUACACCAGCGGAACCCAUCCAUCUUGAAGGAGCUCGAGCAGUUUUGCCUUGAAGAAUGGGCAAAAAUCCCAGUGGCUAGAUGUGCCAAGCUUAUAGAGACAUACCCCAAGAGACUUGCAGCAGUAAUUGCUGCAAAAGGUGGCUCUACAAAGUAUUGACUUUGGGGGGGUGAAUAGUUAUGCACGCUCAAGUUUUCUGUUUUUUUGUCUUAUUUCUUGUUUGUUUCACAAUAAAAAAUAUUUUGCAUCUUCAAAGUGGUAGGCAUGUUGUGUAAAUCAAAUGAUACAAACUCCCCAAAAUUCCAUUUUAAUUUCAGGUAGUAAGGCAACAAAAUAGGAUAAAUGCCAAAGGGGGUGAAUACUUUCGCAAGCCACUGUAACUGACAAAUAACAGAUUAUUUGUAUUUUCAUAUCUUCUUGUAAGAUUUUAGUGACGUGAAUCAUGUUUUCUAAUACAUUCUAUCUGUAACUAAGACUACAACUUCAAACAUUCAUACUGUUUGAUGUUCCUCUAUUUAACAGGGAGGGUAUACUCGGAAAUACUCCCUCAGUUCCAAAACAGGAACAUUGCUUCCAGAAUUCCCAAGUGUGCAGCAUCUAGUGCUUCAAGGCUCUGUCUCUAUAGAGAAGGUUUGUAUUACUUUCACCAAUACUUUCUGUGCCAUUAAGAUUGCUGAUCACAUAUAGUAUUCAAUACCAAAAAGACUGUAACCAUUGUGAAUUAUCUUCACAUUAUGUUAGUAUGAAAAUGUAUGCACUCGCUUCUGUGAGUCGCUCUGAAUAAGAGCAUUUGCUAAACGACUGAAAUGUAAAUGUAAAAUGUUACAUCCCAUAGGUGGACACGCUCAUCAUGAUGUACAAAACACAUUGUCAGUGCAUCCUGGACAAUGCCAUCAAUGUCAACUUUGAAGAGGUAUUCUGUACAAAAUCCAGACAAAAGCUUUUGUAGCCUUUUCUGACGAAUUUUCUCCUGACUCUCUAUUUAUAUUUACUAUGUUUCAGAUACAGAAUUUCCUGCUGCAUUUCUGGCAAGGAAUGCCCGACCACCUCUUACCACUGCUGGAGAACUCCGUUAUUGUGGACAUCUUCUGUGUGUGUGACUCUAUACUCUAUAAGGUGGGUGUUUCUCCAGAAUCAUAGAGCAGUAUCCUCAUUAGUUGUUGUAGGACUCCUACCUCAACUGGACAGGUUGUGCUAUCCAUUUUUCAGGUUCUGACAGAUGUCCUGAUCCCUGCUACGAUGCAGGAGAUGCCUGAAAGGUAGAGUAUUUUCGUCUUUCAACAUUUGUGUUUUGCUCAUCUGAACACCAGAUUUGUUGUAAGGUUUAUGCUGUAUGAAAUGAAUAGUCAUAAAAUACUGCAGUCUGUCCAGGUCACGUACUGUGUGUAAAGAGUAUCUUGUUUGCAGUCUCCUGGCAGACAUCCGUAACUUUGCCAAGCACUUGGAAGACUGGAUGGUGUCUUCUCUGGAAAACCUCCCAGAAUGCCUCUCAGAGAAGAAGCUCCCGAUCGUACGCAGAUUUGUGUCCUCUCUAAAGCGUCAGACCUCCUUCUUACACCUUGCCCAGGUAAAGCACUGAUAACAGCACAGGAGGAAUAUACAUAUUGUGUUCAUAUUGAACUUUACAAAAACAUAUUUUAAAUUAUCUGAAGUAUAUCUAUAUAUCAUUCAUUUUAUUAUGACUCUAAGAAAUUGUAAAAUGUAAACUGAAAGUCCUAAUUUGGGUUAUUUUGGUCAGAUUGCGAGACCAGCUCUUUUUGACCAGAAUGUGGUGAACUCCAUGGUGGUGGAUAUAGAUCAAGUGGAUUUGAACAGCAUAGGGUCACAAGCCCUUUUCACCAUCUCAAGUGGUGACCAAGACUCUGACCUCUACUCUGAAUGUAAGAGACUUGAAACAUUUUCCCCCAUAGAACAUUUGCAUUGUACAUAGAAAACACUGCCAGGUUAAUUCCUGUAAACAAUGUUAAUUUUCUUUCUCCUCAUGUUGCUAGAUGACUCUAUAACAGUGUUCCAAGAGCUGAAAGACCUUCUGAAGAAGAAUGCCACUGUGGAAUCCUUUAUUGAGUGGCUGGACACUGUUGUGGAGCAGAAGGUCAUUAAGGUACGUUGUCCCCAUUUCCAAUCGAAGAUUGGGGUUGUCAGAUUGGAUGUUGACAUCUAAUCUGUUUCUUUCUCUCUCCAGCCCGGGAAGCAGAACGGACGGUCCAUAAAGAAGAGAGCUCAGGACUUCCUCCUCAAGUGGAGUUUCUUUGGAGCACGCGUUAUGCACAACCUCACGUUGAACAACGCCACCAGUUUUGGUAAGAAAUGACUACAUCCCUCUAUAACAGUUCCCCCUGAUAGUGUGUAUAUCCAGGGAACAACUAGAACAUACAGGAAAUGCUCUACACUAGCCUAUUUAUAUGUCAUUUCAGCUUUUAGUUAAAUUCAUUACUACUGCCUGAGUCUAAAUGAUACACGGUCGGGCACUACGUCAGACACAAACACACUUAUCAUUUUGGUGGUCGGCCAGCUCUGAGCAGAAUGCUGCAAUGAGCCAUAAAUUAUAAUGGCCUGGCCCCAGGUAAACAAAGCGUUAUCUCUCGCUCGCGUGCACUGUGUUUGGAGAUAGACUUCUCCCAUGCACCUUCCUCAACCCCUGGCCAUUUGACGGCUCUAUCACCAAACAAAAGUCAAACAGACUGGGGGACAAUCACAUGACCCUACAGGUCAAACAGCAGGCCUGGUGAGAUGAAAGCCCAGGUGAGGGCAGACCUCUGUGGCUGGUUGAGUCAAACCCUCCGCACCUGGUGAUUGGUGCCCAGAAAAGCCUUUGGAGCGGUGUCACAGUUUGUAAGGUGAAGGCUGUUAGUAUAUCUGAAUAUUCUGUCAUGAUAGUGCAUAUCUGACCUUCAGAAAAAUGUGAUAAGAUAAUAGGUUUGAUUUCUGGAGGAAAAAACUUGGACAGUAAGAGGUUGUUAUGAUAGUGGUAAACUAAGAUGUGGUUUUUUUUUCAUCCCAGGUUCGUUCCACCUAAUCCGCAUGCUGCUGGAUGAGUAUAUCCUACUGGCUAUUGAGACACAAUUCAACAACGACAAAGAACAAGACCUCCAGAAUCUCCUAGAUAAAUACAUGAGAAAUGCAGGUACAAGCAAGCGUGACUGUUUUUACUUUUGAUCGAAAAUAUACAAUUACAUGUCAUACAUAGAGAAUCUAUUAUAUUAUGUAGAACUCUGAUUGUUCUUUUUCAUUAAGUUGUUAUUGAAAUUAAUAUUAAUACUAUCAGUUUUUAUGAUGCAGUAUGGAGCAAUUAUAGAGGGUGUAGGAUCAUUGAUGUACAUUGUUAUGAUUCUUUUCAGAUGCCAGCAAGGCGGCAUUCACUGCCUCCCCUAGCUCCUGUUUCCUGGCCAACCGUAACAAGCCCAGCGCGGUGUCCAGUGAUCUGUCUGUGAAGAACGAGUCCCUCUCAGAACACACAUACAUGACCCUGUCAGCCAAUCAGCAGGCACUGGGAGCAAACAUGACUGUCUACCAGCGCUCUGAAACAGAUGGAUUCUCUCUGUCAGGUGCAAAUACAUUUUUUUGGGUGACAUGUAAUUUUCUCACUCAGUUCCUGAAUUGAAUUUGCCUGAUUGUAUGUGAGCUUUAUUGAUACUGUCAUUGGUUUAACAUAAAUACGUUUGUGUGACAAUUGCUAAUUUCAUAAUAAAUGUUCCUAUUGUAUUGUCUAAAAUCUUGGUGACUUUCCUCUGUACUCCAAGGACAAAUGGACUUUUCCCAGAACAGUGGCCCUCUGAUGACCCCUCCCAUCUCCCCAGCCAUGGUGAACAGGGGCAGUGUUAUCAACCAGGGCCCCAUGGCCAUCAUACCACAGAGCACCUGCACCACCAUCCAGCCCCACAUCUCCUGCCAAGCCUUCCCAGACACCAUGUACCAGAGCCUGCCUUCCAGUAGCCCCAGCUACUACCCCACCACUUCCAACUACCAGGCUGUGUUCAGGCCCCAGACACACGCCCAGGCCCCAGCCUACCACACCCGCUCUGACAGCAGCCACUACCUGUCCUUCAGUGAGCAGCACCUGGCUAAAGACUACUUCAACAGCAGCUGUGCAGUGUCCCCCUACAGCUCCAGACCCACCUCCAAUUACAGCACAGCCCCUGAUCCUGGGAUGGAGACUCGGGGGGUUCAGCCACUGGACUCUGGAGGAUACAACUUUGUCGGGAGUGGGUUAAACAGUAGUGGCUGUCAGGAGUCUGCCUACUCAACAGCAGGACACAGUGGUAAGGAUGAAUUAUCAUGAAAUAGGCGCUGAGUAGUCCAUUUAUUCCUGGUUAGAUCACGUUGUCACGUCACCUGGUAAGAAAUAACUCAGGGCCCCAACAAUCAGUUGUACCAUAAAUGUGUAUUCUACUCAUAGAGGAACCUCUCUGUUUUUCAGGGUACUAUGGAAACAGUGGCUACCUGGAUAGCCAGAGGCUGGGUUCCAUGAUAGACCAGCAUGUUUCAGUUAUCAGCAGUGUGAGCAGUAUCCGCUCCGUCCCAACAUACGCUGAUGUACACGACCCCCUCAACAUCCUGGAUGACACGGGCAGGAAGACGGCAGGGCCUUACUACCCUGAGUCUGACUCACUGGGCACACCUGGAGGUCAGUGACAAAUUAUGGAUUGAAUUUAUAUUUAGUCAAAGUGCUCAACGCACUUUCCAUUGUAAUAGGGAACGCCAAUGUUCCACUACCAAUGUGUAGCAAUGGCCUGGGUGAAACAAUGAGUGCUAUAUAUAAUUAUUCUAGUAAAUUACAGAAAAUGUUUAGUGUUUUCUAUUCAAGAUAUUCUUGUUUUUCUCUCUAGCUCUUCCCCUCCCCUCCUCGGUCUCUGCACCCUGCAUGUAUGGAGGUCCUGCCCAGUUCCACUCCCAGGAUGCACUGCUUCCUCACCGGGCACCAUCUGAGGUACGUGACAUGGUGUCAUCGCUGCCCCCCAUCAACACUGUGUUCAUGGGGUCUAGUGGAGGAGGACCGUGA